AUGGUUUCAUCAUCAACAUCAACAUCUCUCAUAAUCUCUCCAAGAAAGCUCAGAUCAGAUUUGUAUUCUUAUUCAUACCAAGAAGAUUCAACUACCCCUCUGGUGGUUAAUGUUCUUGCUUCUCUGAUUGAGAGAAGCAUGGCCAGGAACCAGAGGAUUGCCAAGAGUUGCAGCAGCCCUUGGUACAUGUCCAAGGACAUGAAGAAGACUCGGAUUUUUGAGUGCCAUGAGACCCCGGACAUGACAAUCCAAUCCUAUCUGGAGAGGAUUUUCAGGUACACCAGAGCUGGACCUUCUGUGUAUGUGGUUGCAUACGUUUAUAUUGAUCGGUUUUGCCAGAACAAUCCUGGGUUUAAGAUCAAUGUCACAAAUGUUCAUAGGCUUCUCAUCACAACUAUAAUGGUGGCUUCUAAGUAUGUGGAAGACAUGAAUUACAGAAAUUCUUACUUUGCAAGAGUCGGGGGAUUGACAACCAAUGAAUUGAACAAGUUGGAGCUUGAGUUUUUGUUCUUGAUGGGGUUCAAAUUGCACGUCAAUGUGAGUGUGUUUGAGAGCUACUGUUGUCACUUGGAAAGAGAAGUUAGUAUUGGAGGAGGCUACCACAUAGAGAGCACAUUGAGAUGUGCAGAAGAAAUCAAAACCAGGCAAAAUGAAGAGAGAAGAUAUUACCAGUUUGCUGGUCUUUUGUUAUAA